AUGGCAUCGGUCAUUGUCCUUGUGAUGAAGAAGAAUGGCACCGACGUCCGCUUGUGCAUCGACUACCGGUUGGUGUACCAGCUGAUUAAGCUGAUGAACUACCCCCUACCCCUGAUCGACGAACUGAUGAGCAACUUCGCCGCCAUUAUGUGGUUCAUGACUUUGGACAUGGUCCGAUGA